AUGUCGGCGCGGCCUUAUUACAAGACCAAACCCCUGCUGGUGAAUGGAAGUCAUAAUUUAUUAUUUGCACCUCGUUCAGAGAUAAACUUUUCUGAAACACUACAGAAUUUGAAGUAUUAUUUAUUUCAGGUUUUAAUGGACAUCAGGAACGAGAGAUCAUAUCCGACGCCAAUUGCAAAUUCCACUCUGCUGCCCCUUCUGCUUUUAUCUCUGACACGGCAGCGACACACGCCAACCACAGCGACUGGGUUUCAGAAGGAAUACGAUUACAUCGUAGUGGGAGCUGGAUCUGCCGGAUCUGUGAUUGCAAACCGUCUGUCUGAAUUGCCUUGUGUAAGCGUUCUGCUGUUGGAAGCUGGUUCACACCCUCCCGUCAUAUCUGAGGUACCGGGCUUUAGUCGAUCUUUUUGGUUCACUGACAUCGACUGGCAAUAUAGAACGGUGCCGCAGAAACAUACGGGCAAUGGCCUCAUUAAUAGGGAAGUGGUUUGGCCGAGCGGAAAAUCUUUAGGUGGUUCCAGUUCAUUGAAUUCAAUGGUUUAUUCUCGCGGUAGCCGAAGAGACUACGAUGAUUGGGCAGCACAAGGGGCCAAAGGCUGGAGCUUUGAUGAUAUUCUUCCCUAUUUCAAGAAGUUAGAGGAUAUUAAAGAUGCAGAAUAUAGAAACGAAGACGACUACGGAGUCGGCGGUCCAGUGACAGUCGAAAAACCAAAUUAUCAAGCAGAGAUCAAGGCAUCCGUUUUCAAAGCUGCGAUGCAGAUGGGGUUCGAAAUUAUAGAACCAAAUGGCCAGAAGCAAAUAGGCUUCUAUGACCAGUUAGCCACAAUACGUCGAGGGCAAAGGUGCAGCACAGCUAAAGCUUACUUAUUGCCAGCUGAAAACAGAACAAAUUUAGCCAUUUUGCCAAAAGCUUUCGUCAGAAAGAUCCUGAUUCAGAGACAUCGAGCAACUGCGAUAUUAUUUGAUUAUGAAGGCUUUACUUACCACGUCAAGGCUAGGAAGGAGAUCAUACUAUCUGCUGGGGCAAUAAACUCAGCACAAUUGCUUAUGCUGUCAGGAAUUGGUCCAAAAGAGGAACUGAGGAAAUUUGGUAUCCCACUUGUUGCUGAUCUACCAGUUGGAAAAAAUUUUCAUGACCACUGUGGUAUAGCUCUUAGUUUUAGAUUGAGUUCUAAUAUCCAGAAGCUUUCCGAAAAAUUCACUGAUUUGGCAAAUAUUGCUACCUAUAUUCAGAACAAGACGGGUAUCUUAGCAUCGAGUGAUGGAAUAUCAGCAGUCGCGUUUUUAAAUAACUUGACUAAUACAAUUGCAGAAGACCUUCCUAUUUACCAAUUGUACUUUUCAGAAGGAACAUCGAAGAUUCCCAAAGAACAAUACGGAUUGAAGCCAGAGGUAUAUUCUCAAGUAUUUGGCCCUUAUGAAAACGAUUCUUUGCUUUCUUGCGAAAUUCAUGUUCUUCAGCCCAGAAGUCGAGGAUCUGUUCGACUGAGAUCAGCAAACCCUUACGAUCCACCCCUCAUCGACCCUAAUUAUUUAGAAGAUCCUAAAGAUGUUGAAGAUCUGGUGCAAGGAAUGAAAAUGUGCCAGAAAAUCGCCACUAGUGAACCGCUUCGCAGGCUGGGAUCAAAACCGUUUCAGACCUCUUAUCCAGGAUGCGAAAUGUAUAGAAGUGACAUAGAUCUCUAUUUUCGUUGCCUAGCCAAGUCGUUCGUUCUUUCUACAAGUCAUCCGGCAGGGUCGGUUAAAAUGGGUGAUCCCGAAGAUGCAUCGACCGUAGUCAGUUCUGAAUUAAGAGUGAAAGGUGUGACUGGCCUUCGCGUGGUCGACGCUUCAGUGAUGCCGAAAUUACCGUCUGGCAAUACCAAUAUACCUGUCAUCAUGUUGGCUGAAAAGGCAUCAGAUAUGAUCAAGAACACAGUACAUUGCCCUGUUUAUAAUAAUCAUGAGAAGGGCGCUCUACAGCUAUCUCAGUUUUCAUUUUACAGGAUAUGGGAUUUAGCUAUGCAACAGGAAGAUAAAGAAUUUCCUGAAAUGGAUCUUGCGGCGGAGAGAGCCUAUCCAACGCCAUUCGUCAAUUCUACUCUCCUACCGAUGCUGCUUUUGUCUCUUAUGAAACAACGACACACACCAAAAACGGCGACAAGCAUCAACUCGGAAUACGAUUAUGUUAUAGUUGGAGCAGGUGCUGCAGGGUCUGUAUUGGCAAAUCGUUUGUCGGAAAUUCCAUGCGUCAGUGUUCUUCUGCUUGAAGCCGGUAAAAGUCCGCCUUUGCUGACUGAGAUACCCGCCACUGAACGGGCCUUUUGGUUUACGGAUAUUGAUAGGAAUUAUCGUACAGUUCCUCAACGAAAUACUGGAAAUGGACUCAAUAACAGGGAGAUUUUGUGGCCGAGUGGCAAAACUGUAGGUGGAUCCACAGUUUUGACUGAUGUAUUGUACUCCCGAGGAAACCCAAAGAAUUAUGAUGACUGGGCGAAACUUGGAGCUGUUGGCUGGAGUUAUGAGGAAGUUCUUCCGUACUUCAAGAAGUUAGAAGACAACCGAGAUCCAGAGUAUGUGGCCAAUGUACGUAAAUUUUACAAAAAUGCUUGGUCUCAUUUCUCCACUCAUCAUCACAGAGGAAAACAAAAAGCUGAGAUGAAAUGCAAUAGAUUUCAAAGAUCUGACUCUGAUAUUAACGAGUUUUGCAAAUUCUUUAAAGUUAAAAGUAAUUUCCAGGAUCUAAAGGCUAAAGAAUUUUUUCUUUUUUUUUUUUUUUUUUUUUUUUUUUUUUUUCAGAUUAUAAUUAAGAACCGAAGAGCAACAGGCGUCGAAUUCGAUUUUAGUGGAACGACUUAUGAAGUACGAGCCAAGAGAGAAGUCAUUGUUUCUGCUGGAACAGUGAGGAGUACCUCCAAAUUGCUCAUGCUGUCUGGUAUUGGACCAAGAAAGGAACUGGAAAGAUUUAAGAUUCCAGUAAUUUCUGAUCUUCCAGUAGGAGAAAAUUUGCAAGAUCACGUGGGUACAAAUGUAAAUUUCCUGUUGAACCCCGAAAUCCCUCAAAUUUUAGUGAAACUCACAAAUCCAGUGAAUAUUGAACGGUAUAUUCAAUCUCGAACAGGUCCACUCUCUGGCACAGCAAUAGUAAAUACUAUGGCAUUUUUGAGCAACGAGACGAAUCACUGGGAGAAGAAAAAAGAUUUUCCCAGAUAUCAACUAUAUUUCGUAGAAGGCGCUACUCUAAUUCCUCUGUUAAACUUCAAUUUAAGGCCAGAGGUGUUUCAAAGCGUGUAUGGCCCUUAUGAAGGAAAACCUUGGUUGGGAUGCUUGUCUCAUCUUCUCCAGCCUCGUAGCCGAGGAACAAUUAGGUUACGUUCUACGGAUCCCUACGACAGCCCUUUUAUCGACCCCAAUUACUUUGAUGACCCACAAGAUAUCCAAGAUGUUGUGGAUGGACUGAAGACUUGCAUGCGCAUUGGAACAAGUCAGCCUUUGAAGAAAGUGGGUUCAACACCAUCGGACGGAAUUUACCCUGGUUGUGAAAAGUACGUUUUAAAUAUAGAUCGCUACUUCUGGUGUCAAGUAAGGUCAGCAGUAGUGUCAUUCUACCAUCCGGUCGGUACAGCUAAGAUGGGAGAUCCUAAAGAUCCGACUACUGUGGUGGAUCCACAUUUACGGGUGAAAAAUGUUAAAGGACUACGCGUCGUAGAUGCUUCAGUCAUGCCCAUCAUACCUUCAGGAAAUAUUGAAGCCCCUACCUUGAUGGUAGCUGAAAAAGCAUCAGACAUCAUUAAAAGUACCAUACAAUGUAAAAAACAUGAUUAUGAGGAUAACAGCUGGAAUGAGCCUGAACAUUCCUCCUGGACAAAUGGAGAACAUGAAACCGAAUAUGCUAAACCUCCAGUAAACACCUACUAUGAACCCAAAAAGGAAACAUGGAAUAACAUCCCAGCUUAUAACGAAAGAGAAAACAAUCAUCCUUCUGACAUUUUGUCUCCUGAUAAAAUAAUAGAAAACGGCCAAAGUCCAACAGUAGCACAGUUCCCCAAAAUUAUAUCACCUUGGAAUUCUCCAGCCAUAGUUCCAUGGAAUAAAAAUUUACCUUCGUGGCUUGCAAAACUCAUCCAACAAUGAACACAAAAGUAUAAUUAUGUAUAUAGGUUUCACGAAACAAAAUCUGAUAAAUUAAAUUAACAGUUUUUGCCCGGAAGAAAAGAACUGGUGUGUAUAAAAAUGCAUCUUCUCGUGGAUUUUAUCGUUUUGAAGAAGUCUAUCAAAUUCAUUACUUUCAAAAACGUUUUCUAAGAACAGUGUGAUUCCAAACUUAUUCUUAUUUCUUUACUUAAAUGGUUAUCCCUUUUCUAAACUUCUUAUACUAGUUAACUUAUUUCCUAAAUUUGCUAGCCUUUGACAAUACGAUUUUUAAAUAAUAUAAAGUAUUUUAGGUGUUGUUGAAAGAAGAUUUUGUUCUGUUAUUAAGAAAAUUCAUACAUUAUGUAUAUAUUCAUUGAUUCAAUUACGUCUGACACAUUGUUUACCACAAGUGCCGCAUGGGUUUGAAUACUGCAUCAUUUGUUUGUUUGGAAAUUCGCGUACUUAUUCCUAACUAUAAUAUGAAGUACAUGGUUGAGAAAUGUGAAAGCAUUAGGUGUGAAAUAUUAUGUCUUUUUAAUUGACCACAGUUCCAAGCCUCAUAAAGAGCGGCUCCUCUCAGUACGUUGUUCAUAACUUUACGAAGAACUGCUAACUGUAACUCAAGAACUUCGGCCCGUAUAUUGUCUUUAAUUAGUUCGAUUGUUGCUGGUUUGUUGAUGUAUAUACAUCUUUUGAGAUGUCCGCAAAGAAACAAAUCUGGGCAACAUGCCGACGGCAUGCUCUUUAAGAGAGGAUGAUGGAUCCUUGGUUUUUAAAAUAAAGUUUUAUCAGUUUCUUGCAGUGUUUAGAACUCAAUCUUUACAUAGUGUAUCUCUCAAAUGUACUUCACAGGCCUAAAAAAGAAAAAAAAAUACAUAAAAAAAUUGCAAAGAAUAUUGCAACCUAUGCAUGACUUCUGUAUUAGUUCAGUAUAUUUUAGUAAAAUGUAACACCGUCUCAUAGAAAA